AUGGAGCCAGAUCAAAAUCAAUAUUCGCAACCAAUGGUGGAUGCUUCACAGGAUCCUCCUUCUACUUCUCCAAUCACAACAGCUCCACCACCUCCUUCACAAGCUCCAGCAUCACAAGUCCCUGUUCCUCAACCACAGCCCGUUCCUGGACAAGGACCGGAUCAGCCUCAAGUAAUGACUCCAAGUAUCAACAAUCAGCCUCAGACAACUGCUCAGCCUGCACAUCCUCCAACUUCUGAGCCUGCAGAUUCUACAAAUACGACAGAUCCUUAUCGUAUUAACAAAGAUAUUGACACUUUAAAAGACUAGUACUUUCAGUGGGCAAGGAACAAUAGCACCAAAGCCAAACCCAGCGAUGUUUAGAGGUGUCUUAACUUCUGUAUACUGCGAGUGUCCAAGCUGAGGUCAACCAACUCAUACCAGAGUAGAGCAUGACUACAGCCCAAUGCAAUGGAUUUUGUGUCUGAUCAUGUUUAUAGUCGGACUCUGGCUCUGCUGCUUUAUCCCAUUCUGUAUUGAUUCCUUAAGAACUGGAAACCAUUACUGUCACAACUGUGGUAGCUCCAUCGGGGUCAUUCAAGGAUAACAUAUAAUUUCUUCCAAAUAAAUUAACAAGAUCGAGAGUCAAAUAAUCAAAUAGAUGGCAGAUCUAAUGGGUGUUGCUUCAAGAUAAGA